AUGCAAGAGAGCGUUCUUGCACUUUUUGAGCUGUUCACGGGUGUACACAGUUAUGGACUGCAUCGAUUUGUAGUUAAUUUAAGCUCAAUGCUUGGAACACCAGAGAGUAUUUGGGAUAUCCAUCCGGUUGUUACUGGACAGCUUGUUUGUAUGCUCUCACACCGGCCGUAUGCAUGGUUUAUUUCUGUUUCAUCUUCUAUAAUUCAAAAUAUCUCACUUCUAUCACUCAAAAAUCAGUUAACAAUCACUAUAGUUUUUGUACACAGAUAUUGUUCAUUCUUUUUAUGGCUGCAAUUAUCAACAGAUUAUACAAGUAAGCAGCAAAUGGAACACUGUUCCAAUUUUUUUAAAUUUCGAAUUCCAAAACAUCCACUUAAGAAAACAGUUUUCCUAAGAACUAGAAUGAACGAAUUUGUAUUUUUGGUUCUCUCAAUGACAUUUAUUCCAUCGAUUGCUAUUGUCGUAAUUAUGAUUAUUCAAUUUGUAAGAGCACAUCGUACCGGUAAAGGAGUGCGGUCAUUAUUUCUGCCAGACUUACGUUGGGUACCUGAAAUAGACGCUGAUCGACAAGAAGCGUUAUAUGAUGAACGAGCUGCGCGAGUGAUCAUUUGA